AUGAAGUCUCAUAUGGUUUGGUUUCUGUUUCUUGUGUCAUUCUUCUCUGUGUUCCCAGCUCCAUCGGAGAGCAUGGUUCGCCAUUACAAGUUUAACGUUGUGAUGAAGAACACGACUAGACUCUGCUCAAGCAAGCCAAUCGUGACCGUCAACGGUAGAUAUCCAGGUCCCACAAUCUACGCACGAGAAGACGACACGUUGCUCAUCAAAGUCGUUAAUCACGUCAAGUACAACAUUUCCGUCCACUGGCACGGUGUGAGACAAGUGAGAACGGGAUGGGCCGAUGGGCCUGCUUACAUAACUCAGUGCCCGAUUCAGCCUGGUCAAGUCUACACAUACAACUACACCUUGACCGGCCAACGCGGAACGCUCUGGUGGCACGCUCACAUCCUCUGGCUCCGAGCCACGGUUUACGGCGCAAUUGUCAUACUCCCCAAACGUGGCGUUCCCUAUCCGUUCCCCAAACCCGACCACGAGAAAGUCAUCGUUUUAGGUGAAUGGUGGAAAUCGGAUACCGAAAAUGUCAUUAACGAGGCUAUGAAGUCUGGAUUAGCCCCUAAUGUCUCCGACGCACACAUGAUCAACGGACACUCUGGCCCCGUUAAAAAUUGUCCAUCUCAGGGUUACAAACUAUCAGUAGAGAGUGGCAAAACCUAUCUACUACGACUAGUCAAUGCUGCACUUAAUGAAGAGCUCUUUUUCAAAAUCGCCGGCCAUCUUUUCACGGUGGUCGAAGUCGACGCCGUCUACGUCAAACCGUUCAAGAUCGACACCGUUCUUAUAGCCCCCGGUCAAACCACCAACGUCCUCCUAACCGCCUCAAAAACCGCCGGGAAAUAUCUUGUAACCGCUUCUCCCUUCAUGGACGCCCCAAUCGCGGUGGACAACGUAACCGCCACCGCGACUGUCCAUUACUCCGGCACACUCUCCUCAUCCCCAACAACCCUAACUCUCCCUCCGCCGCAAAACGCUACUUCAGUCGCAAACAACUUUACCAAGUCCCUUCGUAGCCUCAACUCCAAGAAGUACCCUGCCCUAGUCCCAACCACCAUCGACCACCACCUCUUCUUCACGGUAGGGCUCGGGAUAAACUCGUGCCCAAGUUGCAAGGCCGGAAACGGAAGCCGUGUCGUUGCCAGCAUCAACAAUGUAACAUUCAUUAUGCCCAAAACCGCUUUGCUCGCGGCUCAUUACUUCAACAUUAGUGGGGUUUUCACGACGGAUUUCCCCAAGAACCCACCGCACGUUUUCAACUACAGCGGAGGAUCAGUCACGAACAUGGCCACGGACACCGGCACGAGGCUCUACAAGCUACCGUACAACGCCACGGUUCAGCUGGUUCUCCAAGAUACCGGCGUCAUAGCGCCGGAGAACCAUCCGAUUCAUCUUCACGGCUAUAACUUUUUCGAAGUAGGUCGCGGAUUAGGUAACUUCAACCCCAAGAAAGACCCCAACAACUUCAAUUUGGUCGAUCCCGUUGAGAGGAACACAAUCGGAGUUCCAUCAGGUGGAUGGGUCGUCAUCAGAUUCAGAGCGGAUAAUCCCGGGGUUUGGUUCAUGCAUUGUCACUUGGAGGUACACACGACGUGGGGAUUAAAGAUGGCUUUCUUGGUGGAGAACGGCAAAGGACCCAAUCAGUCGAUUUUGCCACCGCCUAAGGAUUUUCCCAAGUGUUAA